AUGGCAGGGAAGCCUAGUGCUAUCGAUCACCCAGCUUUGGAUCAUGGAGAGAAAUUGUCCGGUGAUGUUGAAAUCACACAAACAGAGACUCUUCAGAUCGAUUCUGUAGAAAUCAAAAGGCUGCUUCGAAAGAUCGAUCUCCGACUGCUGCCACUCUUAACUGUUCUCUAUGUUCUAUCAUUCAUGGAUCGCUCCAAUAUUGGGAACGCUCGGGUGGCAGGCAUGAAUGUAGACCUCGCUCUUACUGGGCCUCAGUACAAUAUGGCCCUCACAGUUUUCUUCUUUCCCUAUGCCCUUUUUGAAGUACCGAGUAAUGUGAUCCUCAAGAUGAUGAGGCCUUCGCGAUGGAUGUGUGUUCUCGUCAUUACCUGGGGCACUGUCCUCACUCUUCAAGGGAUCGUCAAGACCUAUGAACAACUAUUGGUUACUAGAAUAUUGCUUGGGGUUGCUGAAGCUGGCUUUUUCCCAGCUGCUACAUACAUACUCACGACUUGGUACUGCCGAUGGGAAUACCAAACCCGUGUUGCUAUCUUUUUCUCAGCGGCCUCCCUGGCGGGAAGCUUCUCGGGUCUUCUUGCCUUUGGAAUCCAACAUAUGGAAGGCGUAGCUGGCCUUGGAGGAUGGCGUUGGAUCUUUAUUCUCGAGGGCAUCUUGACAGUACUUAUUGGUGUUAUAAUUCCCUGGGCACUCCCCGAUUCUCCUGAGACAGCUUCCUUUCUUACACAAGAGGAGAAAACGAUCCUCAUCCAUCGGCUGCGGCAAGACGCCGGGACCCAAGCACGGGGAGACUCAUCAGAAAAAUUCCAAUGGAAGCACUUUCGUGCUGCUUUCGUGGAUUAUCGAAUUUAUCUUGGUGUUAUCAUGUACUGGGGAAACAGUAUCUGUAUCUAUGCAUUCAGUUUCGCAGCCCCAAAUAUCAUUCGGCAGCUGGGAUACUCUGCAGCUAAUGCUCAACUUCUCACGAUUCCCAUUUAUCUGGUGGGGGCGAUCGCGACUUAUGGUCUUGCUAAGAUCUCAGACCGACGCAAGGCUCGUUGGCCCUUCGUCAUCAUACCAUUCUGCAUCUCUGGCGUAGGGCUUAUCGCUCUGCUGUCUAUUCAACACCCUCGCUUGCCAGGGUUGACCUAUGCCUUCUUAUUCUGUAUCCCCGCUGGUCUCUAUCCAGCUGUCAUUGGUUGCAUAUCAUGGGUUAGCAACAAUCUUGCGCCUUCCUGGAAGCGGGCCAUUGGAAUGGCUGUUUUGAUGACAUUGGGCAGCUUCGGCGGAGCGGUUGGAGCAAACAUAUUCCUGGACGAGCAGGCACCCCGCUACCCGCUUGCCUACGGUAUGUCACUUGGCGUGGUAGUUGCUGGUAUGUGUGCAGCAAUGGCGUUACGCUUCGCUGUCGACUGGACCAAUGCGAAGAGAGAUGCGAUUCCUGAGUCUGAAAUUAGGGCCAAGUACACAGAGGAGGAACUGCAUGAGAUGGGAGACAGCUCUCCAUUGUUCAGAUACGUUAAGUAA